CCCAAUGCUUGCCAAACAUUCAGAUUCAACCCUCCCAAUGAGCCUCACCUGAUACAAUGCUAACACUCCCUCUGACUUGUACUUAAAGCCGACGUGAGGCUCAUGGUCCGUCAGAGUCAAACAGCCCGUGGUUUCGCGUGUACACACAUCAUGAGCGGACAACCCGUCAAACCGGCGCCUGCCAACAACAUCGCCUUCACCGCACCCAUCAAUCCUCCCGGUGCAAGCCCCGUCCUCACGUACGCUCAAAUCUGGCAGGGUCUCGAAAAGAAGAUCCGCGCAGGGCAAGACUUUGUUGGUGGCGCCAUCGUCUCAACAGACGUGAUAUCUACCUCGUACACAGAACACGGAAAUCCCAUCACCGUCCGCGAGGUCGUCUUCCGCGAUGGAAAUCGUCGCGUACAAGAAAAAUGCAUCGCCUUUGAGCCUAUGAAGGUCGAGUUCCACCAGCCGAACGGGAGCAAGGUGCAAAACGUGAUCAGCGAGGAUGCGGACGGGAAUCUGUACAUGACAUACACGUUUGAGUGGCUACAUUAUGAGUUGGAGGGCGACGAGGCAGGCCUCAAAGCGGCAAAAGAGAAAGAAUGGAAGACGGCCAAGAUGGCGGUAGAGAAGACGAUCGAGGUCAUGAGAGAGAUGGUCCAGGACGGGAGGAUCAAAUGAGUCGGUCAAACAAUAAAAGGAAAAUCGAAGCACGAGGCCAGCCUGUAAUUGACUGAGGAAGUGCGAAUGCUCGCUGAACGGCGCAGAAGCCGGCGGAAAGAGAUGCUGGAGUCUCACAUUCUUCCAAAGCGAGUAGAUCCUGCUCGACCAAGCCAUUUCAAUACCCUGCCAGUGGCAGAGAAAUUGCCAUUCCAUGUGCGAUCAUUUCCACUCUCGCAUAGCAUUUUUCUCGAUCCUUCCUAGCAAAACUCCGAUUUCUCUGUCUGCUAGGUCCACUUCUUGUCGGGAUAUUCACAUAAGCACUCAGCG